GGUGCGCUCCUGAGCGCGGCCCGCGGGGCCAGCGGCGCGGACCAUGAACCUGGUGGGGGGCUACCAGCACCACCACCACCACCACCACCACCACCACCGCAUGCUGCACGACCCCUUCCUCUUCGGGCCGGCGGCGCGGUGCCCCCAGGAGCGCGCCUACUUCCCCGGCUGGGUGCUGAGCCCGGCCGAGGCGGCCCCCGAGCUCGCCGGGCAGAGCCCCGGCUACGGCGCCGCCGAGUACGGCCCGGCGGGCCAGGCGCGCCUGGAGGCGCUCAGCGGCCGCCUGGGCCGGCGGAAAGGGGUCGGGGGGCCCAAGAAGGAGCGGCGCCGCACGGAGAGCAUCAACAGCGCCUUCGCCGAGCUCCGCGAGUGCAUCCCCAACGUACCCGCCGACACCAAGCUCUCCAAGAUCAAGACGCUGCGCCUGGCCACCAGCUACAUCGCCUACCUGAUGGAGGUGCUGGCCAAGGACAGCCAGCCCGGCGACACCGAGGGCUUCAAAGCCGAGCUCAAGAAGGCCGACGGCAGGGAGAACAAGAGGAAACGGGAGACGCCCGAAGUCUACUCGCAGCCUUUAGGCCACGGCGAGAAGAAGCUGAAGGGCCGGACGGGUUGGCCCCAGCAGGUCUGGGCUCUGGAACUGAACCCCUGAGGGCGGCCCGACGGCUCGGCGGCGCCCCGCGCCCGCCCCUCCAUGUGCAAUGUCGCAGAGAGCCCGGCACGGCCCGCGCCGGCCCCGGCCCCGGCCCCGCAGCCGCGGCCGCACCGCGCCGGACCCCGGCGGCCCCGCGGAGCCCCGCGCCCGCCGCCUCCUGCCCGCCCCGCCGGCGCCCGGCCGGCCGCUGCCCCCUCGCCCCGUUUGAAGUAAUCUCUGCCCCUUCCCCUUGUCAGCAGUGUUCGGCGGCUCCUGCCCUCCCCCGCCGGGCCGGGCCGGACCGAAAUGGUUUUAGUCUUUUGCUGUUGUAAAUACGAGAAGCCCCGUCCUGUCCCGUGCCGUCCCCGUCCGCCGCCCGAGCGCGGCCGAGAGACGCGCGGCUGCGUUGAAACUACCUAGAGGUGCAUUUGGGAACGCUCCUGCGCCGGGUUUUCUACCUCAGAUCUGCAUGACCACUUCCCGAGGGACCGGGCGCGCCACACCACGUAUUUAAAAGUGAAUAAUUAAAAAAAAUAAAUAAAAUUAAGACUUUAUGCAAACA